AUGCCCUUCGGGCUGAAAAACGCCGAGGCAACAUAUCAAAGACUGAUGAACAAGGUCUUCAAAGAUCAGAUUGGCAGAAAUGUAGAGGUGUAUGUAGAUGAUAUGGUGGUCAAAAGCCCCACUUUCCAGCAGCAUAUGAUAGAUCUGAGGGAGGUAUUUGAUGUAUUAGAACAAUAUAGAAUGAGGCUGAACCCAGCAAAAUAUGCUUUCUUCAUCAGAGGAGAAAAGUUCCUGGGAUAUAUGGUGAGUGGGAAAGGCAUCGAGCCCAAUCUAGAGAAAAUAGAAGCUAUACUGAAUAUGCCCGAGCCAACCUGUGUGAGGGAUGUCCAAAGACUAACUGGGAGAGUAGUGGCGUUAAAUCGCUUUAUGUCCAGGUCGGCAGAGAAAUGCUUGCCAUUCUUUAAGAAGUUGAGGAAGGUACCAAACUUCGAAUGGACGGAAGACUGCCGAAAGGCUUUCGAAGAACUUAAAAGCUACCUCAGCUCCCCUCAUGUGCUCAGUAGCCCCUUGGAAGGAGAGGAACUCUUGAUAUACUUGGCAGUCUCUGAACAAGCGAUUAGUGCAGUAUUGGUAAGGGUAGAUGAAGGAGAACAAAAGCCGGUAUUUUACGUCAGUAAGGUACUUAAGGGUGCCGAGACCAGAUACCUGAACAUUGAAAAGGUGGCGUAUGCUCUGUUGCUAGCAGUUCGGAAGUUUAGGGUCUACCUGGAAAGCCAUCAAGGUAUAGUGAUGACGGACCAACCUCUGAAGAAGAUUCUGCGCAGGCCAGAAACAUCAGGUCGGAUGCUCGCCUGGUCCAUGAAAAUUAGCCCUUACUGCCUAGAAUAUCGACCUCGGACCUCUAUAAAAUCUCAGGCCCUGGCUGACUUCAUAGCGGAGUGCUCAUUUAACGAGGAACAGGGAAAGUCAACUUUUAAAGCGUUAGGGAGUGGGAGAGAAGAAGAGCCUCUCCAAGAAUUUGAAUGGAAGUCGUAUGUAGACGGGGCGUCAAGCACCGGGGGCAGUGGCGCCGGGAUGAUGCUUAAAGGGCCUGGAGAGUUUAAGGUCUGCUACGCCCUGCGCCUGGAAUUCAAGGCCUCCAAUAACUUGGCAGAAUAUGAGGCUUUAAUAAAUGGGAUGCUGGUGGCAAUGGAGGUAGGGGUAACCGACCUCGAAGUAAACAGUGACUCCCAACUGGUAAUCAACCAGGUAACUGGGGUAUAUCAGGCCAGAGAUCUAACCAUGCAGGAUUAUUUAGCAAAGGUAAAAGCCAUAGAAGCCGAGCUCAAGGGUCGGGGAACCAUAGUCAAAUACCAAAGAAUACCUCGAGAGGAAAAUGAGGAAGCAGACUUGCUUAGUCGAUUGUCCAAGGAAGAAUUAGAGCAGCUCCCUGACGAAGUAGAACAAGGCCAGAACUGGAUGACCCCAUACCUGGAAUAUCUGGAAAAGGGAAAGCUCCCUGAAGACAAGGAUGAAGCAAGAAGGAUAACAACGGCAGGCAGUUUGACUGCAACACCUUCAAAGCAUUUACGGCCAACAUGGGCAUAUGGUACAAGUUCUCGGCUGGAUGGGGCAAAGGCGAACUGGGCGGAAGAGCUCAACAACAUUCUAUGGACACUCCGAACUACCCCCAGAACGUCCACUAAGGAAAUGCCCUUUGCACUCGCUUUUGGCACAGAGGUCGUAGUCCCCAUCGAGUUACAAAUCCCCACUCAUCGAGUUCAAUUUGCUAACGAAAGCACCAACAGUGACAAGUUGAGAAGUAACCUUGAUGCCCUCGAAGAGGUUAGGGAGGAAGCCUAA